UGAUUCAGCAACGCGUGCUGAUGACGUAAGGGGAAUGUGGGCGUGGUUGUAAUCAUUCAAACAUGGCGACUCCCGUUGCGGUGGUGGACGAUACAGAAGAUUACUCCUUUUUGCCGCUUAUACACGAUAUUAUCAAGUGCAUGGAUAAAGACAACCAGGAUGUACACCAGGAGUUAAACAAGUUGAGGACGCGGAUCCAGGACACGCGGGAGCAGAUCUUGGCCAUGCCCGGCAUCGACCUGAGCUCUGAGGUGCAGCAGCACAAACUCCGCACCCUGAGAGAACAAGUCCGCACCAAGAACCAGCUGUUACAGAAAUACAAGGGCUUGUGCAUGUUUGACAUCCCCAAACCCUCCUGAUGUACAUACCAUAACAUUAAGGAACUUUCAGACUAUUGUUUGAAGACAAAAAAACGCCUUUAACGGAGACGUGGCGUGGAUCCUGCUCCAAAUGAGGACACUUUCGCAUAAAUCAGUAUACCGUGUAAACCUUUUUAUUUUGCAUAUAUAAUAAACAGCACCUGUUUUAUAUCA